UCCAAAACGAGUGUUUUGGCGAAAUACAGUUUCUGUAGUGUUUAAUUUGCUAUUUUGUAUUCCAAAUAUCAAGCGGAAGGUAAUAGCUUUCCCCGAUAUAUUUUUUUUAAUCAACUACGAACACCACUUACCACUCGUAAAAUUCAGACAUGGCUGAGGAACCAGCAGCAGAAAUCCAGCUACUCAGAAGCCUGAAAGUCAAGCUUAUAGAAAUUCUAAGCGCCGAUGCUGAUUUUGUCCUGCAGCAUGCAGACUCUCGCUGCCUGCUGUCUGUUCACGGCUACCAGCAGGUGAAAGCAUGCCGUAUUCCUUGUGAGAAGGUGACUGACCUGUUGGAUCUCAUCAUCCAAAGAGGGCCUGAAGCAGCACGGGGUCUACUGAAACUGCUGAAGGAACAUGCCCUGCAGGAAACCUUCCCAAUGCUUUGCUUUAUUAAGGAUCUGCAAAUAAACACAGUGUCUUCAGGAAUAAACAAAAGAAAGAGAAAAACUCCUGACCCACGAGAGAUCAUUCCAUGCAAACAGAUCUGCAAAAAAGGCUCUUGCUUAGUUCAUGAGAAGCAGCUGAUGACCGUGGCUCGUACAAUUGGCAAAUGUUGGAGGGAGAUUGGCAGACUGGCUCUGGAAAUCUCUUCUGUGAAGCUAGAACAGAUUGAAGAGGACAACUCAAUUCAUGUGGAGCGAGUGUUUGCCAUGUUGCGCUACUGGAGCACCUGUCAGAGGGAAAAAGCCACUGCUGCACACCUGCACUCGCUGCUCAGUCAGGGAGACUGGGCGCUGCCACCUGAAAGCAUUGACUUCCUGUUGGAGACUAAAUGAGGCCUUCACUGGCUGUGACUGACACACUCUGUUACUGGGAACUUUCUUCCAUCAUUUCCCCAUUAAAGGUUUAUUUUGGGGGAGUUUCUCUAUACGAGUAUUGGUUGUAAGAGUAAAAGGUAUUGUAUGCUAUAAAGAUUUAGAUAUUUGUCUUAAGUUUUAUGAUGAACUGAUAUUACUUUAAUGUGGAAGUAAGAUUAUAAAAACUAAGUUUUGGUUUGUGAAAUAUCUUAGUAAGAGUUUUUUAUUUUGUUUUCUGUUCAUUGUAUCUAUGAGUGGAUUUUAUUCUCCUUCCAAUCCAAGGAGGACAAAACAACCGAGCUGUGCUCACUUUAUUUUAAUGUUAAUAAUGAAGGACACUUAAAGAAGUUAAUGAUAUGUUGUUUCCAUCACUUAAUGUUCUGUUUUGCUAAACUCAUCUUUUUAUUAGUCUUCAAUAUUUUGGAGAGAUGUUAUUUUGUCCAAAUGAGCAGAUUAUUAGGUGUCACAACAAUUAUACUGAUGUGUUCCUUAUUGAUUUGUAUAUAUAUAUUGUUAUUUUAAACAAAUGUUCCUUACUUGUAUGUGUUGGGAUAGCAACUCAUGUCAUCAUGCAAAGUAGGAAAGAAAAGCAGUGCCUAUGUUUCAUACCUACACUGAAUAAACUUGUAUCACAUUUGCAGCCUCUAA